AAAUAGCCCACAAACAGCACUAAUCUUAUUUUUGGCGGUGAAAGAUUACGACGGCCCAAGAAGAUAUCCAGCAUUUAAAAUAUUUUCCAGCAUGUCUCAUCUUCUCCUCACAACCCCACCGACGUCGUCAGCAUAUUCAUUCGCCGGAACUUCCCCGGCGUUGUACUUGAAAUUCACACGCGCCACCACUUGUAUCUCCAUCUUCUCACGCUCCAAAACCUCUAAAUUAACUCUAAACUCACCGCCAUCGUCUCUGACUCAGCGCCAAUGUGCGGCGAAGAUGGAAGUAGAGACUUCUUCUUCUACUUCCGGAUUUGUCGGAGCUGAUGAUUUGUUGAUCGUCGGUCCCGGUGUUCUUGGCCGCUUAAUUGCUCAAAAAUGGCGUCAGGAUCACCAGGGAUGUCAAAUUACUGGGCAAACAUUUACUACCGAUCACCAUGAUGAUUUGGUCAAGAUGGGAAUUACUCCAUCUCUGAAGGGAAUGAAAGCAUCUCAAAAGUAUCCUUAUGUGGUUUUCUGUGCUCCACCAUCCCGCACACCAGACUACCCCGGCGAUGUCAGGGAAGCAUCAUUAAACUGGAAUGGUCACGGUUCUUUCCUGUUUACCUCAAGCUCUGCACCAUAUGAUUGCUAUGAUAAUGGCCCCUGUGAUGAGGACAGUCCAGUAGUGCCAAUUGGGAGGAGCCCUAGGACGGAUCUCCUUCUAAACACAGAAAAAGUAGUAAUAGAGUGUGGUGGAAAUGUACUAAGAUUGGCGGGACUCUAUAAAGCAGAUAGAGGGGCACAUGUCUAUUGGUUGAGAAAAGGGACUGUUGAAUCUCGGCCUGAUCACAUCGUCAAUCUUAUACAUUAUGAGGAUGCAGCUUCGCUUGCAGUUGCAAUUUUGAAGAAAAAGGUUCGUGGUCAGACCUUUUUGGGUUGUGAUAAUUACCCAUUGUCCAGGCAUGAGGUAAUGGACAUUGUCGAAAGAAGUGGGAAAUUUAGCACAAAAUUUGUAGGAUUUACAGGAACUAAUGAUCCUUUGGGCAAGAAAUUAAACAACUCAAAGACUCGCCAGGAAACAGGAUGGGAGCCGAAGUACCCAAGCUUUACUCAGUUUUGGGAAAUGUCUGAAUAAUGCUGCUUCUAGUUUGGACUUUGGACUGAUUUUAAUGUGUUAAAAAAAGAGAUGUACUGGGCAGCAGAAAGAUUUACAAGGAUAUACAUUCCUGAUGAAUUGUGCAGACUUCCGUCUAUUUUUUCUCCACGAUUGAGCCUUCCGAAGCAUGUACCUGUGGACAAUUUUGUUUUUUUGGAGUUGUGUAUGCUUAAAGAGUUGUAGUUUAAUUAGUGUAAAAUUUUGUUCCAAGUAAGAGAGAUUUGUUUUGAAGUUGGCAGGAAAACUAAAUCAGUGCUUUAGCUGGCUGAACUUUUAGCUAUAAAGGAGGAUUUGAAAACUGCAGGAGACUUCAUUCUUUUCAGAGCAAGAGAAACACAUUUCAUAUUGUCAAGUUUCAGAACUCUGGUUGGCGUCGGAGAUGGGAAAAUGUUGUUGCUGCGAAGAGGAAGACAAGGGUUGGGGUUGGGGUUUGGAUUUGAGCUUGGAUCCCAAACAAAUGAUGGUUAUAGUUGCGGCUGUGAUCAUCCUUGCUCAAUUUUUCAUGGCACCACCGAGGAGGCAUCCUGUUCUUGUUCGUCGUUACUGGUGAUUGGUGACUAGUAAACACACACACAUAUCUUGCUACAUUUGCUUCUUGUCUUAGAUGUUCCUGUAUGCCUUUCAAAUUCGUAUUUAGUUUCCAGAAGAUGUAUUAUGUUUUGGAAAGACUCGGACAACCUGUAUUCUUUCGAGUUCAAGUGAUAUUAAGAAUGGAGAAUUGAUCACGGUUGGAUAGCCUAGCCUAGGUGAUGGGUUUAUUUUCUCUAGAACAGAUACUCAUUUGUAAGGCAUGUAAGCCUAAAUUGUAAAAACAAAUUUAAAAAAAUGGGGAAUUGGUGUAAUGUGCCAUUCUUGAUUUCA